CUAUAUUUUGUAGAUGGCUAGGGCAAAUUCUGAGACGUUUAACAGUACUUGCUGAAUGGCAGGGUAGAAUGUGAUUACGCACGAUUGUCGUAAGAAUAAAGACUGGUGACAUUUAUUGUGUAAAUUGAAAAUUCAUGAAGAAAUGAGCAGCAACAAGAUUCAAUCCUGUUCCGUACGGCGAGCGAGACUCGUUUCCAGCGCUUGAUAAACGGCACAUUUGCUGCACCAGCCGCCCCCGAGGUCUAUCAACAAGUAUUAAUCACAGCCACGAUUUGAUAGCAGACAGCAGCACCACACUUAGCAGUACUUUGACAAGAGAUUGACGGUGCUCAGUGGGUGUUUUCACUUUUCGCGAAUUGGGCCUUCUCAUUUUGCUUAACUCGGAGCAAGUUUUUCCACCUGACACACGUUCCUGACGAACAUCAAAAUUUCCACGAUGAAGAAAAAGGUUCUAUUAAUGGGCAAAAGUGGCUCUGGCAAGACCAGUAUGCGCAGCAUCAUAUUUGCCAACUACAUCGCUCGGGAUACACGGCGUCUUGGAGCAACCAUUGACGUGGAGCACAGCCAUGUUAGAUUUCUCGGCAACUUGGUGUUGAAUUUAUGGGAUUGCGGUGGUCAAGAAGCAUUUAUGGAAAACUAUUUCGCUUCCCAAAGGGAUAACAUAUUUAGAAAUGUUGAAGUAUUGAUCUAUGUGUUUGACGUCGAGUCUCGAGAGUUAGAUAAAGACAUGCACUAUUAUCAAAGCUGCCUGGAAGCCAUUCUGCAGAAUAGUCCUGAUGCCAAGAUAUUCUGCUUGGUCCACAAAAUGGAUUUGGUUCAGGAAGACAAAAGAGAUUUGAUAUUCAGAGAGCGUGAAGAAGAUCUGAAGAGAUUAAGCUUGCCAUUGGAAUGCACGUGUUUCAGAACUAGCAUAUGGGAUGAAACACUAUACAGAGCAUGGUCAUCAAUUGUUUAUAUGUUGAUCCCAAAUGUUAAAGAGCUAGAGCUAAGCCUAAACCAAUUUGCGAAUAUCAUAGAUGCGGAUGAGGUUCUACUUUUUGAACGUGCAACGUUUUUAGUAAUCAGUCAUUGUCAAAGACGAGUGCACAGAGAUGUUCACAGAUUUGAAAAAGUCUCGAACAUAAUCAAGCAGUUCAAACUUAGCUGCAGCAAAUUGGCGGCUCAAUUUCAAAGCAUGGAAGUGAGAAAUACAAAUUUUGCAGCCUUCAUUGAUGUCUUUACGUCAAAUACAUACGUCAUGGUUAUCAUGUCCGACCCAGCCAUACCAUCAGCAGCAACACUUAUAAAUAUUCGGAAUGCACGAAAGCACUUUGAAAAAUUGGAGCGUGCCAGUCAGAGUUCAGCAUUGAGCAGAUAGAAGUUACCUCGACCCAGGCGCAGCAUCACCCGGGUCCAGUCAAUUCACCACUGUUGAGAUAAUUCGAUAAUUAAAAUGAGCAGUGACCACUAUUAGCAUGAAAAUUGUAACUUAUCUCCGAUUCAUGCCAUGGCUAAUGUGAGCAUGAGAUGUAGAGUCAAUAUUCUCAGUUUCUUUUUAUAUCCACUCUGUUUCUCUUAAUUUAAGCUCACUAUGAAGCCAUUCGUGUUCUGAAAAGAUACCCAUUCUCUCUGUAAUGAUACGUUUUGUUGUGCGAAUGAUGAAGAAGGAAGUAUUAAUCACUGUCCCCCAAUCGAUUAUAAAUGAUAUGCUGUAAGAUGCAAACACGUAUAUAUACGUACAUGUGCUGCCCAUAUGUUACUACUACUAUUAAUACUACUACACUGAACUUGAUUAUAUCGAGGGAAAGAGUGCUAAAAUCAUAAUUAUAACAGUUCAAUAUUGCAGAAAUUCUAAAUGCAUGAUCAGAUGCGUUAGCUCAUGUAAUUUCUCAAUUUGAAAACAAAUAAACUCGUUCUUCUCAUCAAUCAAUCGGUAAUCUUGGAAGAAGCCGUUAAGAGUAUACACAGCUCUCCAUGUCCUAUUCUAUGGUUUCUAGCACUCGUUCUCUAUUAUUCUAUUCUUAGGGUAAAUUUGUGCAUGCGUUCUCAUCAUUGUUCGCAAGAUGUUUC